AAAAUUUAAUUACAACUAAUAUAUUUUUAUUUUUAAAACUUUGGAUUUAUAUUAGUUUUAAUCUUAUUUUUUCUAUAAUUACAAAAAAUUAGUAAAUCACUAAACAUAUUUUGUAAUUUUAAACAUUGUUAAUGUUAGUUUAAUAUAGAAAGUUAGAAACAUUAAAAAUAAACAAACUUAAAAAAAAAGUUUUAAGCUAUGAAUAAGUGUGAAUACAUUUGUAGUUUUUUGGUCGUUUAUACAUUAUGCUCUUGAACUUUUUCUGACCCAGUCCAAAAAUUUCUAGCUCCACCACUGUGUAUAUAUAUAUAUAUAUUUAUAUAUAUGUGUGCAUGAGGUCGACACAGAGAUAGAGAUGAUUCAGAAAACAGUGGGCAGUAGUAUCAAAUCAAGUACCUCGUGCUUAUCUUCCUUCUUACUACUAUUUCGACGAAAUUCUCACUCGCGGAUUCGCGGGUACGAGAGUAACGGCCAAGUCGUAGAGAAGAAGAAGCAACACGAUGGGUUGUUUCUGCAAAAGAGCAAAGGCCAACACCUUCUUACCAACACCAGAAUCCUCGACUCCAUCGUCCGAAGCUCAGAUGUUAGGCCCACCGACACUGUCUUGGAGAUCGGUCCGGGUACCGGAAACCUCACCAUGAAACUUCUAGAAGCUGCCCACCACGUCGUCGCCGUGGAGCUAGAUAAGCGUAUGGUUGAGAUUCUCCGCACAAGGGUCUCUGACCAUGGUUUUCAACAUAAACUUACGAUCAUUCAGAAAGAUGUCCUCAAGACAGACUUCCCUGAGUUUGAUCUCGUGGUUGCUAAUAUUCCAUACAACAUAUCAUCCCCUCUGGUGGCGAAGCUUGUCUACGGCUCCAACACCUUCCGCACGGCCACGCUCUUGCUUCAGAAGGAAUUCUCCCGCCGCCUCUUGGCUAACCCUGGCGAUUCUGAUUUCAACAGAUUGGCUGUGAACGUGAAGCUUCUGGCUGAUGUCAAAUUCGUUAUGAAUGUGAGCAAAAGAGAGUUUGUCCCGCCCCCUAAAGUUGAUUCGUCCGUUGUCAUGAUCACGCCCAAGGAGGUCAAACCUGAUGUUGAUGUUCGAGAAUGGCUGGCUUUUACUCGCACUUGUUUCGGGAAGAAGAAUAAGACGCUUGGUUCCAUGUUUAGGCAGAAGAAGAAGGUCGUGGAACUGCUGAGUUUGUCCAAAGUUGGAAUUACUACGAAUGCAAGUGAUGUUGUUGAAGAAGAAGAAGGGGAAGACCGUGUCUUGUGUUUGGAUACAGAUGCAAGUAUGUUCAAGGAAAGGGUGAUUGGAGUUCUGAAAUCGAAUGGGUUUGAAGACAAACGACCAUCGAAGCUUUCUCAUGGUGAGUUAUUGCGUUUGCUUUCUUUGUUUAACCAAGCUGGUAUCUUUUUCCAUUCUUUACCAAUGGAUCUACACGAUUAUUGAUGCUAAGUUUUGUUUUAACUAGUAAUUUUGUUUAUUUUCUCCGAGUAAUUUGAGCUGCUUUGCCUUUAAUCGAACCCAUUAAUU